AUGUCGGACGCCGUCUCCCUACUGCGCCGGCUGAUUCUCGAGUCACCUCCCGGAGAAUGGGCCCUGAAUCGCCUCCGUGAGCUUCUGAUCGGGGCCCUGCGCCAGGGCCCGGUCCCGCAACAUGUGGCCUUUGAAAUGGAUGGAAAUAGACGCUACGCCAAGAGCCACAGGAUGGAAACGAUUGAGGGGCAUCAUCGCGGAUUCGAAGCUCUCGCCAGGAUUAUGGAAAUUUGCUACAAGUGCGGCGUCAAAGUCAUCACCGUGUAUGCCUUUAGCGUGGAGAACUACAACCGGCCGAAGCACGAAGUAGAAGGGCUCAUGCAACUAGCCAAGGUCAAGUUGGAGCAACUUACUACAUAUGGCGACAUCCUAGACCGAUACGGUGCUUGUGUGCGUGUCCUCGGUCAGCGCGAGAUGAUUCGCGAGGACGUCCUCCGGGUUGUCGACAAGGCCGUCGCGAGGACCAAGCACAACAACAAGACCGUCCUCAACAUCUGCUUCCCCUACACAUCCCGCGCGGAAAUCACCACCGCCAUCCGCACCACCGUUCAAGACUUCCUCAACCCUCCGCCGCCCAAAAACGCCCCCUUCUCACCCUCACGCAUCCGCCAAAAGAUUCUAUCCACCCAGCUCGACGGCAAAGAACCCCUCCCCACCAUACCCGACGACGACGUCGCUCCUGAAGAAGCCAAAUUCGUCGACGACAACGAAGACCCCGGCGACUCGUCGUCAACCACCCUGCCCCCCGACUCGCCGGAGCCCAGUGUCCGCGCCCGCUCCUCCUCCUCCGCGGCCAACCUCCCCAGCCCGGAGUCCAUCACCACGGACACCCUCAACGACCACAUGUACACGGCUGCCGACCCGCCGCUGGAACUCUUCGUGCGGACUAGCGGCGUCACGCGACUCAGCGACUUUAUGCUCUGGCAGUGCCAUCAGGACACGCAAAUCAUCUUCAUUGAGUGUUUGUGGCCUGACUUUGAUCUCCAGCACUUCAUUUGGGUUAUGCUGGAGUGGCAGUGGAGGCAGAAGCAGAAGGAGAGAGACGAGACGAGCACCCUGGCCAAGAGCAAGAAUCGACGCUUGGUUGAGUAG